UUCGUUUUCGUUAUUUUUGGCCAAAAAAACUGGAUGUGUGCUAAAUUCAUUGGACGACAAUCGUGAAAAAUGACCUACGAGCAACGGGUAGUACCUAGACGUCGUUCUGGUCUUAAACUUUCUCGAUCAUUAGCAAACAGAAUUAUUGCGCGUUUCUGAAUUUAUAAUCCAAGGACUUGGGGAUUUGCCAUAAAUAUCAAGUCGCACAAAGCUCGCGGUGCAGAUUUCGACAUUUUGCGCGCGGUAUGACGGAGAGAUUCCUAAUUUUUUGGUUUGCGGUUAGUGCCCUGGCGGUUAGUGGCGAAAUACCGCCCUAUAUAAAGGUAUGCGAGCAAUCGGUUCAGAAUCUAUCCGCUUGCAUAACAGACUCGAUCGAAUUUCUACGUCCGAAGUUAGUGGAAGGUAUCCCAGAGGUCGACGUCCCUAGCAUGGAGCCGCUCCCGCUGGAGGACCUGGUGAUCGACUCGAUCAGUCCCGGAUCCCGUCUGGCCACAAACAUCACCGACAUGAAAGUCUACGGGGCGUCCAAGUUCGAAAUACAAAAGCUAGUGGCGACUAAGUCGAAGAACGGCAAGACCUUCCGUUUCCAAGUGAACAUCCCCCAGCUGAGAGUGGAGGCGCAUUACCAACUAGACUCCAGGAUACUCUUCCUGGACCUGAAAGGCGAAGGACCGUUCUUCGCCAAUAUCACGAACUACUGGUUCGACUGCACCAUGAAGGGGAAUAAGGUGGAACGCGACGGCAAGAACUACCUGCUCUUUGAGCGGAUGAGACUUAACGUCGUAAUCGGCGACGUCUCGAUACUUUUGGGGAACCUCUUCGACGGCAGUCCCGUCCUCUCCAAGGCGACAAACGCCGUCAUCAACGAUAACGCCCACCUGCUUUUCGACGAAAUUAAACCAGCGCUCGUGGGAACGCUCGAGAAAGUCUUUACCGACAUGUCGAAUAAGAUUACGUUGAAGUUCGAAUAUGAGGAGUUGUUUCCUUAGGAAGGCGCCCUCUGUAUUUCAACUGGAAAAAGACAGUUUAAGGGUCGAGAGAUAAUUCCUGUGGAUUAUCACUUGUUCAUUUGUUAUAUUAUCUCGUAAUAAAGUUAUUUUUCGAUACU